AUGAAAGGAGGCAGCGUCUCGUUUCUCUUCGUUCUUCUCAUCGCCACCGUCACCUCCGUCCUCUGCUUCACUGACGGGAUGUUACCAAACGGCGACUUCGAGCUAGGACCAAAACCAUCGGACAUGAAAGGAACACAAGUGAUAAACAAGAACGCGAUUCCAAGCUGGGAACUUUCAGGCUUCGUCGAGUACAUAAAAUCCGGUCAAAAACAAGGAGACAUGCUUCUCGUAGUCCCCGCCGGAAAAUUCGCCGUCCGGCUAGGAAACGAAGCAACGAUCAAACAGACACUUAACGUGACAAAAGGAAUGUAUUACUCGCUCACGUUCAGUGCCGCCAGGACUUGCGCACAAGACGAACGGCUCAACAUAUCUGUCGCACCUGACUCGGGCGUGAUUCCGAUCCAGACUGUGUACAGUAGCAGCGGUUGGGACCUCUACGCUUGGGCGUUUCAAGCCGAGAGUAACGUGGCUGAGAUCUUGUUUCAUAACCCUGGCGAGGAAGAGGAUCCUGCUUGUGGACCACUCAUUGAUGGUGUCGCUAUCAAGGCUCUCUACCCUCCUAGACCUACCAAUAAGAAUGUAUUGAAAAACGGAGGAUUCGAAGAAGGUCCUUAUAUACUACCAAACUCCACAACCGGUGUUCUGAUUCCUCCCUUCAUAGAAGAUGACCACUCUCCUUUACCGGGAUGGAUGAUCGAAUCCCUCAAAGCCAUCAAAUACGUUGACGUCGAGCACUUCUCUGUCCCACAAGGCCGUAGAGCCGUGGAGCUGGUGGCGGGGAAAGAAAGCGCAAUCGCUCAGGUGGCUCGGACCAUUGUGGGAAAGACUUACGUGCUUUCGUUUGCUGUUGGAGAUGCCAACAAUGCGUGCGAAGGAUCGAUGAUAGUCGAGGCGUUUGCGGGAAGAGACACUUUAAAGGUGCCUUAUGCGUCGCGAGGGAAAGGAGGUUUUAAACGCGCUUCUCUGCGGUUUGUGGCGGUUUCCAACCGCACGAGGAUUAUGUUUUACAGCACGUUUUACGCCAUGAGAAGCGAUGAUUUCUCGUCGCUCUGUGGUCCAGUGAUCGACGAUGUUAAGCUCCUCAGCGUUCGUAAGCCGUAA